GCCAAAAGGGAUCAACUCACAGAGGAACAAAUUGCUGAGUUCAAAGAGGCGUUCAGCCUGUUCGACAAAGAUGGCGACGGCACCAUCACCACCAAAGAGCUGGGCACAGUCAUGAGAUCCCUGGGACAGAACCCCACAGAGGCCGAGCUACAGGACAUGAUCAACGAGGUGGACGCUGAUGGUAACGGCACCAUCGACUUCCCAGAAUUCCUCACAAUGAUGUCCCGAAAAACGACCGACGCCGAUUCCGAGGAAGAAAUCCGCGAAGCAUUCCGAGUCUUCGACAAGGACGGUAACGGUUUUAUUUCUGCUGCCGAACUACGUCACGUGAUGUCGAAUUUGGGCGAAAAGUUGACGGACGAGGAAGUGGAAGAGAUGAUCCGGGAGGCGGACUCUGACGGAGAUGGACAGGUCAACUAUGACGAGUUCGUGCAGAUGAUGAGUCAAAAAACCGAUGACAUCCCAACGGCUGACCAGCUAACUGAAGAACAGAUUGCAGAGUUCAAAGAGGCGUUCAGCCUGUUCGACAAAGAUGGUGACGGCACCAUCACCACCAAAGAGCUGGGCACAGUCAUGAGAUCCCUGGGACAGAACCCCACAGAGGCCGAGCUACAGGACAUGAUCAACGAGGUGGACGCUGACGGCAACGGCACCAUCGACUUCCCCGAGUUCCUCACUAUGAUGGCCAGAAAAAUGAAAGAAACAGACUCAGAAGAGGAGAUCAGAGAAGCCUUCCGAGUCUUCGACAAGGACGGUAACGGUUUCAUUUCUGCCGCCGAGUUGCGUCACGUGAUGACGAAUCUGGGUGAGAAGUUGACGGACGAGGAAGUGGAUGAGAUGAUCCGGGAGGCGGAUGUCGACGGAGACGGACAGGUCAACUAUGACGAGUUCGUCAAGAUGAUGACAUUGAGGGGGCGAGCAGUUUCGACUCAGCUUGUCAGAGCCAACACGGACACGUUUGAUAGAAUUAACUUCCUGGAGGUGAUUGAACUGAUGUCUCCUGUGAGCAACGAAAAAGAAGUCCCUCAACCGCACCAUCAUAUGAGCCAUUCACUUGGUGAUUUUAGUUUGAUCACCUAUUUCAGCACACCGGUUCACGUGUGUAUUUACGAGCCGGCCACUUCUCAUUCGUCUUGCCCGUGCGUGUACGAUUAUCCACCCUCUGUAGGAAAAAUGGCUGAACAACUAACAGAAGAACAGAUCGCAGAGUUCAAAGAGGCGUUCAGCCUGUUCGAUAAAGAUGGCGACGGCAGCAUCACCACCAAAGAGCUGGGCACAGUCAUGAGAUCCCUGGGACAGAACCCCACAGAGGCCGAGCUACAGGACAUGAUCAACGAGGUGGACGCUGAUGGUAACGGCACCAUCGACUUCCCCGAGUUCCUUACGAUGAUGGCCAGAAAAAUGAAAGACACAGACUCUGAGGAGGAGAUCAGGGAAGCAUUCCGAGUCUUCGACAAGGACGGUAACGGUUUUAUCUCUGCUGCCGAACUACGUCACGUGAUGACGAAUCUGGGUGAGAAGUUGACGGACGAGGAGGUGGAUGAAAUGAUCCGGGAGGCUGAUCUAGAUGGAGAUGGACAGGUCAACUAUGACGAAUUCGUCAAAAUGAUGAUGUCCAAGUGA